AUGGAGGUUGUGGCUGUGGUUGUGGACCCAACUACUGCUGCGAUGAUUGUUGCAAUGACUGCUGCUGUGACGACUGCUGUGAUGACUGCUGUGGAUGUGAUUGUGGCAACUACUGCUGCAUUGCUGUUCCAUGUUACCCUGAUAAGCCUUGCGGCGGUGCUUGUUACUACAACACCCGUUGCCGAUAUAAGCGAUAUUGCUGCUGAGAGGGAGAGAGGAGGAUAUGAACCGAGAGAAGAUGAUUCGUUAUGUUCCUUUUCGGAUGUAUCUUAA